AUGCCCCACAGAUCUCGCAAAAAGCAAACGCGACUUGCCUUUGCUUCCGCGCCACCAGAAACUGAAGCUGCUGGUGACAGUCCCACCAAAAGUGACGGCCGCUUCGCUCGACUAGAAUAUGGACAUCCCAGCAUGGCCUCUUUACUCACGGGAAAGUCUCGCAACAGUCAGCACGCAGCUUCGAAGGAUACCACUCCGGCCAAAUCGUCUAUGCGCAAACACGAAUCGAAAGACAAGUCGCGAUCAAAGAAGAAAAAGCACACGAUCGAGAAUGAAAACAACCAGACUUCUGUGAAAGAGCCCGUCGAUAGCGCCUCCUCAGAAGACGAUAUUGUCGUGCCAAGCACCCAAAAGAGGAAGAGACGCCUGCCCUCCACCGCUGAGAUUGGAACCAGGGCCCUACACGCUACGGACAAGCCGGCCAUGAGUGAUUCGAAGGAUCCGGGAUCUCGAACACGGCGCAAGCUCAAGCGGAAAGCAGAAAGCUCGCCCAUCGUUCUGAGUGAUUCUGAGGAUUCAGAUGAACCAGUUCUCUCGUCACCCAUCAAGAGGCGGCGGAGGGCAGCGGACACGGAGACCCCUCAGACACCGCACUCGUCUGCCGAUCGAGAUAGAUUGGAUAUUGAAGAAGACCUAGAGGAUCUCCAAGAUUCAGGUAUGUUUUGUUUCAUUAUUCUCCACAGCAGCUUUCAUCCGUCUAAAUUUAUGUUAGUCGUCAAGAAAUCGCGAACUCGAGGCCGGCUUGCCGGAUCGGCUCGGGACAAGAGGCAGAAGCACCUAGAAGCCCUCCGCCGCAGACGAGCCGGACUGAAGGAAGAAAGUGAGACUGAAUCAGAGAACGAAACAGACCCUGAUGAAAGCGAAAUCCCUACAAUUCAGCAAACUGUCGAUAUCCGUCGCAUCACAGUGGACGACAGUGAUGUUGAAUCCGCUAUUCUUAGCGAUGAGGAUCUCGAUCGCUACGAGGAUGACUUUGUGCUGGAGGACGAAGACAAGCUGGGCGUACCAACCGAAGAAAUCCCAUUCGAAUUCACGCGGCACGCGUACAAGCAGCUCAAAGAAUACUUCCGGGAUGUCGUGGAGUGGAUGGUGCACAACAAGCUCAAUCCUGCAUUCCCCCGCAACAAUGCCAUGUACAAAGUGGCAUUCAUGAAACUGGACGAUGAAGUCAAGGGCCGCGCGGGAUCCCAGUUGAUUUCUUCCGUGUGGAAUGCCGAUUUCUGCAGAGCCCUCAUGGCUCGGCCUCAGAUUGAAAUGACCGCUUUUCCUACCGCUCUGGACCACCCGUGCGAUGCCUGUAAUCGGUCCAAACACCCUGCCUCCACCGAUAUGAAGCUCUAUGGCAAGGCAUACUCCCUUGAGACACUCGAGCCGCUGAACGAUGAUUCGUCAGAGGACAGCGACGAAAGCAAGUCUAGUAGAGACGAGAACGAGGAUGAGGAUUCCGGAGAAGAGCGGGACAGAGACGGCCAUGUGUUGCCGCCUGAGAGCAGGCGCUUUCUCCUGGGCAGGCAAUGCAAAGCCAAAGCCGAGCUCGCUCACACUCUGACCCAUUGGCGCUUCCACCUCAACGAAUGGGUCGUCGGCUACCUCGAGCGCAAGGGUCAUAUGGACAUAGACGAGGUCAUCAAGCGGAACGACAUGAGCCAGAAGCGCAAGAUGAAGAAUGCAAACGCCGCCGUCGACCGCAUGGUCGAGGCGGACGAGAUCGAGAAGCUGUGGCGCGACUUCCACCUGAAUCUCAAGUCUGCGCGGGAGAAUACGUCAACUUUGGGAUGA